AUGGUGCUCGCCGCGCUCGCCGAGGCGCUGGCGUACGUGUGCGCCGGCCUCGCCGGCGAUGCGCAGUGGCGCCGUCUGCGCACCUGCUGCACGCCGCUGUGUGCCUGCUGCCCGCGCAGCUUCUGCGCCUCGCUCGAGCGCCCCAACGACGACGAGGAGCGGGCGGCACUGGCACAGCCGGAGCAGGGCACCAGCUACGGCGCCGUGCGCGAGCAGCCGCGCGCAUGGAGCUCCGUCGCGGCGCUGCGCUCGCUCUGA